AUGACAGUUCUUGAAAAUGCAAAUGCAGGAGAUUUCGAUAAUGCGGUCAAGUGUACUAUCUUGAAAUCUAAGAUGGCUGGAAAAUAUACUUCAGUACCAGCUAAUGAUUCAUAUAUUGUUGGAUCAAAUUUUGAUCAAGUCUCAGCUGUUAAGCUGAAAGCUAGCUUUUCAGCUAACAUAUUACCUACAAUUUCUUGGCCAGAAACCAGCUCAUGCCAAUUACAAAAUAAAUCUAUGAUACUGGUACAAUCUCAACAGAAACGGUCUAAUUCAGAUGAUUAUCCUAGAGUAUCAGAUAAAUAUAUGCCAGAAAGACCUUCAGAUGGGUAUGGCGUAAAUUCUGAAAGAUUUAUUCAUGCUGAUAUCAUAAAUCCAAUUCCUUCAACUAGUCAAAUUAUGAAAUCUCUAGCCAAUGAUCUUUAUAAAAAAUUGUCCGAUAUGUUUUCGGCGAAACUGGUACAAUCGAAGAAUAAAGAUAUCAGUACCGAUGAUAUAAAUGAAAUUACUAAAGGUAUGUCAAAAUUAUCAUUAAAUUUAGCAAAAAUGGCAAAAGAGUUUGAAAAUGCUAACAAAGAUAUCUCUCUUGCAAAAUCCAAGGCUAAGUAUGCUACAAAAUUAGAAGAGAUUAAAUUGCUUCGCAAUGAAAUGGAAUUAUUGAAGGGUAAGUUAGAUUUAUCUCAGAAGGACUCAUCAAAGAAAGGGUCCGAAAUUGUGUCUCUCAAGUCUAAGAUAGUUGAAUUAGUUAUAAAGAUUAGCGAAUUGGAGCGUCUAAAAUCUGAGGAUAUAUCGGGAUCUAUAGGUUCUGUGAGCCAUGACCCAAAGGGUCGCCUAGGCACACAAGUGCCAUUGUUCCACAAUACGGCCUGCUCUACAAUAAUCGGUGGAGAUGAUAAAAAAAAUAUACAAAGUGAGGAACAAAGUUCCAUAACCAAGUCUGAUGAUAUAUCUGCAGUUAUUGAGGAAUCAGAGAUUUGA